UCUGCAUCUUCACCUACAGUUUUCAUGGGAAAGGUUCCUCUGGUUUUCUUUGCAUUCCUUAUCUCUUUCGCCUUAACCGUCGAUGUUAGAAUCACAGGGGUUUACCCGGGGGUUCCUUGGCAGCAUGCUCAUGCUACCUUCUACAGGGGAGCUGAUGCCUCUGAUGGUACCAUGGGUGGAGCUCGCGGUUACCGUAAUCCCCACGGGCAAGGGUAUGGCGCCAACACGGCGGCGCUGAGCACCGCAAUAUUCAACAUUGGGCUGAGCUGCGGCGUCUGCUUUGAGUUAAAGUGCGCAAAUGACCCGCAAUGGUGUCACUUCGGCAGCCUAUCCAUCUUCGUCACGGCCACUAAGUUCCGCGACGCUCUUCCGAACAAAAGUAGCGACAAGCCACCCUCACCUGAAACAGGGGUCAAAACUGGCACUCAAACGCAGUAUCGGUGGGGACAGUCAUGGUCGUUUACGGUCAAGGGAAAUGACGGACGCACGUCCACCUCUUGCAACAUCGUGCACUGGCAAUUCAGUCAAACUUUCAGUGCCAAGAUCAUCCAGGUUUGAUCC